AUGUCCUUCAAGUCUGUUAAGAUGUGCCAAGCAGGCUCCUCACAGGCCAGAUUUAACGGCAUACUAAGUUUUCAUGGCUUUCCGACCCAUUCCGACUUGAGAAGACAAUGGCUGGUAAACAUACGCCGGGAUCAUUUCACGAUUACCUCUCACACCAGGGUCUGCAGCAGACACUUUGCCAGUGAUCAACUCAUAGAGCCAACAACCCUUGAUGGUCGAAGGCGGCUUAUUAAAGGGGCUGUACCAACACUUUUUGAGUGGAAUGGCUAUAAAGUUGAACCACUGCGGCGUAGUGUUUGGGAGAGAACGGAGCGACGCCCUGAACUAGUUCCUCCUGACGAUCAAGAAGAGCACAGUCUUACAAGAGAUCAUGACUACUGCUCAGUCCCUGAGCCGUCUGCAUUGGACAUAUCUGCAUCAGCUGCAGAAGACCUGUCCAAAGACGUGGAGACUCUGAGGAAGGAAAUACAGGAGUUACGUGUCCAGCGAGAAUUUGGGUUACAGCGUUUUGCUGGCUCCGACACUGACAUCCGAUUCUAUACCAGAUUUCCAAGCUAUGAUCAUUUGAUGGCAUUUUGGUUUUUGAUUGAGCCUUGCAUCUAUAAAAUGAUCCGGGUUUCAAGAGCCAAAUCAGCUGCCAAUAGGAACGAAGAAGUGUUGACACCUGCACGCACAUCAACGAGGCAGCUGCUACAGCCAAUUGACGAGUUCUUUCUUUUCCUGGUUUUCCUGUCAGUUGGUUUGAAGGAGAGGGACCUGGCACACCGAUUUAACAUACACCAGUCCACAGUGAGCCGCAUUAUUGCAACAUGGACAAAUUUUCUUGCCACUGCACUGGGGUCUCAAUGCAUCUGGCUUACACGUGAAGAAGUGCAAGCUUACCUCCCUGAGGAAUUCAAAGAUUUCUCAGACACCCAGAUGAUCCUUGACUGUACAGAGCUGAGGUGUCAGACACCAUCCUCACCACUUCUCCAAAGUGAAAUGUACUCUUCGUACAAAUCCCACUGUACGAUGAAAGCCCUGGUUGGCAUAGCUCCACAUGGUCCAGUGACAUUCAUUUGUAAUCUGUAUGCUGGUUCGGUUAGUGAUAAGGAACUAUUCAAACAAUCAGGCAUUGCUGAGAAGUUGACUGAAGACAUGGCAGUGAUGGUAGAUAAGGGCUUCCUAAUCACCGAUUGUUGUAAAUGCAAAGUGUACUGCCCACCUUUUCUAUCUAAGCAGAAGCAGAUGCCAGCAUACCAGGUUAAGGAGACGCAGGCCAUAGCCAGACUCAGGCACGCUUGUAUUCCAAAGGUUUCUCCAUGUAACGGUCUGCUAGGGAGUGAGGGGGGCCAUAGCCCCGUCCCCCAGGGCAUGAAGCAGGGAAAGGGAGCCCAGGCCCAUCCGGACCAGGGCCCACAGCAGCAGCACCGCCCAGCCCUACAGAGUCCAGGGCAGCCCACCCGACUCCACCGCAGAGAAAACUGCACCCACCCCAUCAUCCAAUCAUCUCCCAAACUACACAAGACAAUAGUCACCCAGGUUGAGUUCAUUCUCUACCUCUCCUAUAUCUCUCCCCCACCUGCAAACCCCGGCGACACAACAGCCAGGACCGAAGCCCCCAAGGCCCAGCCAGCACCCCAGACCAGGGGCGGAGCACCCCCAGACCCCCAAGCCUCCACGCCGGUCCCGGACCCAUCCGGGGGCAGCCAGGUCACCAGGCCAGUAACCAACGUCCACCAGUACAGACCCUCCCCCAUCUCCGCUGUACGCAGCCACAAGGAAAACACCAUCUAG